AUAAACAGCUGCCCAAAAGCAAGCCCCGGAGAACUUCAGUAACCUCCAGGAAAGCUCUGAGGUUAGGGAGACUAGGGACGCCAAAGAAGACAUGAGGAGUCUGCUGGCACUGCUGAUCGUGAYUCUGGCCCUGGCAGUGCUCUGCUGCUGCGAGAAAGAUCCCAAAGAACCCUCAGGAUCUCUCAGCGCUGACAGCAUCAAGAUUAAAAAAGAAGUUGCCAAUACCUUUGUGAAGAGGAAGAAGAGAUCCAGCCCCUAUGAAUGGUACUACGAGUAUUAUAAAAGUCCGAUGGAGCAGAUGCAUGAGCGCUGUGAAAACUAUCCCCCCUGUGACUAUCUCUCGGACCAAAUAGGAUUUUCGUUGGCCUACAACCRUUUCUUUGGGAGAUACUGAGGAUGGGAAGGUCUCUUCACUCCAAAUUCUACAAGAGAAAGGAGUGAAGGAAAGCAUCUACACUGGCAUCUUCUUCCAUUGUCUCCCUAACCAGCUGGAACACCAAGGCAGGAAUUUUUCACUUGUUGAGCUUCCAUUAACUUUCUUCCUUUCAUCAAUAAAGUCUCUUUUCAUACAUCUUUUGUGGUAUUUUGAGCUUCACCAGAAGACUCUGUCUUACCUGAAUCCCCAGCACACAAUAGGUGAGAAAUGGUGAUUGAUCUCAAGAAAAUCACUGCAUGCCUCAGAAACACCACUCUUAUCCUCUUCUGCAAAAUACAGGAGGAUAUCUAGAAGAAGAACGUCACAACGUAUGUAAAUGUGAUGGAGCUGAUCCUGGGAGUCUCACUUCUGGGAGUCCUGAGAAGAAGGAAGGACACCUGUUUCCUGUUCCAAUUAGUGGGAAAGUUCAGUAUUUUCAUGUAGUAUAAUCACAUUAAAURUGCAUCACAGUAGGAUAAUUUUGUAAAGAUAGAAGUGUGCAAAUACUCUUACAUAGACAGCAAUCAGGCUCUGGUACACUCUUCUCAUUAUUCUGUUACAAAAAUAUUGCCUGUAUAGCAACAACAGAUAAAUCCCAAAAGGUGUGUUUAAGGAGUCCUUUUAAAUGAGCUCUUCCAUUUGUGUGCUGCUUUUAGUGGCUGAAAAAAGUGCCCUCAAAUUCUCUUGGUUUCUGCUUCUUUUUUCACAACCAGUUUCUGGUGAAACAGAAUAUACCCAAGCAAAACAAAACAAAUACCCUCUUCUCUUUUGCUUUUGCAGUUAUGCUUGAAAUUAAGUAUCUAA